AGAAGCCACCUCUCCCACGUGUAUGUGUGCUUCUGUCUUUUUCUUCUUUCUUCUUCCCAUCCGCCUCUCCUGCCUUUCCUCGCUCACUCACGUACACCACGAGCGCGAUAACUCACGGUGAUCGUGACGCCUAGCUCAUGCUUCUGCAACCCCUUCUCUUCUUUCUCAGAGUUUUGCACCGCUGAAUCCAGCGUUAUUAUUGCUAUUACUAUUCUAGUACUGUAACGCUCGUCUCCUCUUCUCCUUUAUUUUUGCUUUAUAUAAGUUUUCAUUUUUCCUCUACGCUUCUCCAUGUCGCUGCUGUCGCGCGUGAACUACAUCCUGGAUGAAAGCUGUGCGUUUUCCAUAUGCCUCAUCGUGCUGGCCGUCGACGCCUACCGCAUGUUAUGCUAUGACUCCCACUUCUACGUCCCCAUAUUCAUCACCAGCGGCUGUCUCACUGCUGGUCUCAGCAAGGGGCUAAAGCGCGUGAUCAACCAGAGUCGCCCGCCCGGGGCGCCGAAGCUCAGUCCGGGGAUGCCGAGCAACCAUGCCACGGCCCUCUCCUUCCUGUGCGUCUCCACCGUCUUUGAGCUGCAGAAGUUCUCCGAGCACACGGUGGUGCAUGGGCUGGUGCCGACAAAUAGGUGGAAGCUUUCCCCGAUCCACAUGGCGCCGGACAUCCCAGUGAAUUGGGUUAAGCCGCUUCAGGCCUUUGUGAUUCUGUACAGUGUGUACCUCACUCGCCUGCGGGUCGUCCACGGCCAUCACACGAUGGCGCAGGUCGUAGUGGGCUACAUCUUCGGCGCGAGCUGCGCUGCGUUGUGCCUCAUCGCAAACUACGCCGGGUUCGCUGGUGGGCCGCCCGGCGGCCGCGUCGAUGCGCUGUCGUUUCCGAUGAAGACGAUGGCCGCCGCCAUUUCCACGUUCAUCCUGCUGGUCGCAAUACACGCUGCUUGCCGCAGCUUGAUUCGCGGGCAUGCCCUUCUGUCUCCUACAAUGCACUUCGUUGUCGCGAAGGGAUCGAGCGAGAUGAACGCCGAAUGA